UUCUUGACUUCCUCCCAUGUUUUUCUCUCUCUCUCUCCUCUAAUGUGUUGGCCAACACACUCUCUGUCUGUCUGUCUCUCUCUCUCUCUGUCCUUGCCUCUCCUUGUCCUGUCUCCUUUCGUAGGACAUGGUCAGGUGUGGUAGCUGUGCGUCCCCACAGGCUAGGUCUUAUGAGCUAUGAACAAGUAGGGGACCAAAAUCAUGCAGGGUAGCGGGCGCAAGAGUGGAGUGGAUACUUGAUGUUGACUCUCUGUUUGAGUGUGUAAUGCUGUCUGAUGCAUGGCUUUUGCAGCUGCGCUGGCAGAGGAAUUGUCCAGGAGCCCUACCCGGAGGAGAGAGACUCAGAAGUGGACCUGAUCACCCUGAACAUCCUUCUAAGCAGACAUGAACAGUCCUCAGCUUUCUCCCUCCUGCAUAACUGGCUGUGAGUAAAUGUUAAGAAGCCGGAUGGAGCGAUGCGUUCAGUCUAUAUUAAAAUCUGCAUCAGGUUCCUCGGUGUGGUUGAUGCCACAAUGUCUAUCAUCGAUGUCUCCAUGCUCACUGGCUUCUCACCGGACAUGGAGGAUCUUAAGAGACUUUCCCAAGGGGUCAACAGAUACAUUUCCAAGUUUGAAAUCAACAAAGCCCCAUCCGACAGAAGCAACCUCAUAAUCUAUGUGGACAAGGUUUCUCACAGAGAGGAGGAAUGCCUGCAGUUUAAAGCUCACCAGUUUUUCGAAGUGGGGCUCAUUCAGCCGGCAUCCGUCACAGUCUACGACUAUUACAGCAUAGAUGACCGGUGCACCAAGUUCUACCACCCGUCUAACCAGAGCGGGCUCUUCAAUAUGAUCUGUCAUGGGGGCAUCUGCCGGUGUGCAGAAGAAAGCUGCUUCAUGCAGCAGAAGAUAGAGGGUCCCAUCACCCUGAACAGACGAAUGGAGGAAGCCUGCAAACCUGGAGUGGAUUAUGUGUAUAAAACCAGGCUUGUUAGAAUUCAAGAAGUGGAUAGUUCUGACUACUACAUCAUGGAAAUUGUGGAACUCAUUAAGGCAGGGACUGAUGAAGAUCCACAAGGAAAAACCCGCCCAUUCAUCAGCCACAUAAAAUGCAGGGAGUCUCUGAGGCUGGAGCGUAACAAAGACUACUUGAUCUGGGGACUCAGCACCGACUUGUGGCCCAGGAAAGCUGAGCUAUCCUACAUCAUUGGCAAGGACACCUGGAUCGAGAAGUGGCCCAACGAGGACGAAUGCCGGAAGCCGGAUUUCCAGAACCUCUGCCAGGAAUUCCUUGAGUUCUCUCAAACCAUGACCAUGUUUGGCUGCCCAAUCUAAACUUGGACCCAGCUUUCCCAGCAGCCCCAAGGGGACAGUUUGAGCUGAGAUGGAGCAUAACCCUCAGGGUGGAGACAUCUCCAGUCAGAGUCCCAGUGCUGCUGACACUCGCCACUAGCCCUGUCCUCUUCGGGGG